GCGCCAUGAGUCGACCGAAGUAACUUGUAGCCGGGCAGCGGGGACAGAAACAAAGAUGGCGGCUUCUGGUGCGGGAGUUGUUGCUAUGGCGUCCUGCAGGAGGUAGGGUCCGACCCACCUCCCAGGGCCUCGGAGGGGGUGGGCACCCUCCAUGGGCCCCAGCCAAUGGGAAUCUCCACCUGGACAGCCACCGUGGAGGGGUGUGAGCUUGGCGCUGGUGGGGAAGAGACGCUCGCAGAUUGUGAGAGGAUUCUCCUCUUCAUUGUCUCUACGAUGCCCCAAGCCUCUGAACACCGGGUCAGCCGGGCUAGAGAGCAGGUCAUCACAUCGCAGCCCAAGGCCACCACCAAGCUCCUGAAUGGACACCGGGCCGUGAGCCAGGAACGCCACACCUCAGUCUCCCCUGCACUGGCCAAUGGGCUCUCCAUGGCUCCCAAGCUUCGCCCACUGCCUCCCCGGCCCAGCCCGCUGGACGAUCGGGGGAAGAAGCAGGAGCUUGAAAGGGGCCGUGCUUCGAAGCGCAGCGACCAGCUACGGGGCUCGGUGCCCAGGCGAGGGCCAGUGAAGGCUGACCAUGCGGUCAAGGUGCCCAACCCCCCACAGCCUGGCACCAUGUCAGGCAGCGCCUCCUUCUCCCUGCCAUCAGGAGUGUUGCUGGUGGAACGAGACUCUGAGCGUAGGAGAAACAACCUCGCCCGCUCCAAAUCUAUCAGCAUCGGAGACCUGAGCCAAGCGGGGGGGCGAGGGGAGGAGCUGAGCAUGGUGCUCAGUCGCCUGGUGCUCCGGGACCGCAGCCCGUCCUGCAGUCAGAAGCUGGGCCUGGGGCCCUUGGCUCUCCAGCGGAGCUCCUCGCUCAGGAGGGUCAAUGUGUCUCCUGGGCUGGAUGGGAGGCCCGCAGGCACACUGCUCUCUGUCCGCACUGAGGGCUGCACCAGGACUCACACCCCCAAUCCUCAGGUCUCCGAGUACGUGCACCCCCAGGAUGUCCCAGUGGCUGGGAGCCCACCCCAGGGCAAGGUACCGCCUCCAGCUCCGAGCAGGCCCGACAAGAAGGUGUCCGCUACACACCACACCCUCCUCCUGGGCUCUGGGCACAUCGGACUCCGCAAUCUUGGCAACACGUGCUUCAUGAACGCUGUGCUUCAGUGCCUGAGCAGCACCAAGCCUCUGCGUGACUACUGCCUGCGCAAGGAGUUCCUCCAGGAGCAGCCCGGCGCCUCGCGGGCCCAGCAGGAGCUCACGGAAGCAUUUGCAGAUGUCAUCAAUUCCCUGUGGCACCCAGACUCCACCGAAGCUGUGAACCCUGGGCGCUUCAAAGCCGUCUUUCAGAAAUACGUCCCGUCCUUCACAGGCUACAGCCAGCAGGAUGCCCAGGAGUUCCUGAAGUUUUUCAUGGACCGGCUGCACGUGGAGAUCAACAGGAAGGGGCGCAAAACUCCCAGCAUCCUCUCUGAUACCAAAUGGCCCUCGGUGCUAGAGGACUCGGACCCCCUGAGUGAUGACGAACGAGCCAACCAGAUGUGGAAGCACUACCUGGAGAGAGAGGACAGCAAGAUAGUGGAUCUCUUUGUCGGCCAGUUGAAAAGCUGCCUCAAGUGUCAGGCCUGUGGCUACCGCUCCACCACCUUCGAAGUCUUCUGUGACCUCUCCCUCCCCAUCCCAAAGAAAGGCUUUGCCGGUGGGAAGGUCUCUCUCCUCGACUGCUUCAGCCUUUUCACCAAGGAGGAGGAGCUGGAUUCCGAGAACGCUCCGGUCUGUGACAAGUGCCGGCAGAGGACGAGAAGCACCAAGAAACUGACCAUCCAGCGCUUCCCCCGCAUCCUGGUGCUGCACCUGAACAGGUUCUCCACCACCCGGUACUCCAUCAAGAAAUGCUCUGUCUUCGUAGACUUCCCUCUGCAGCGACUCAACCUGAAGGAGUUUGCCAGUGAGAAGGCUGCGUGUCCCCACUCAGCGAGAACCAGGUGCAGUCUAGCGAGGGCUACGUGCUCUUCUACGAGCUGGACGACCACCACGGGAAGAAACAAUGAAGUGUUGGACCCUGGCGCCUGCGCCGCAACCCUCUUACCUCAGAGACUGAGCCCGGCUCUCGGGGAUCCUCAGUCCCCCACAGGCCUGGAGGCGGUGUGGGGGAUGGGCAGCCCACCUGCUCACCAGUGCCUGGGGGAAGAUGAGACGUGCCGACCCGCUGGACAGGGGCAAGGGGCCUGGCCUGCCCAUCGCUGGGUAUGGGGGGGAGGGGCCUGGCGUGGCCCCUACCCCUGCUGUUCUGGCACAGUGGGGGGGCUUUGUGCACACAGUAAGGCUGUAAAUAAAUCCCGGAGCCACCCCCCAGGCAGGAACUUUUUGUGAAUAAAUUUACUAAGAAAA